CGGUCUUCGACGCAAUUUCAGCUGAGCUGUUUACAACAGCUUAAGUCGAUAGCGUCAGAGAGCGAGAUAAAUAGAUCCUGCAUCGAAAACUCAGAAGCAGUCGAGUUCUUGGCUUCUGUUGUCAGCAUUAGCGGUAAUAAUAACGGUUGUGACGAUUCAGUUAAUGAAGCGCUCGAAAUUCUAAGCAAGCUUCAGAUCUCCGAUCAAGCGCUCAUCGAUCUUGUCUCAAGAUUCGACGACCUCAUCGACUCGUUAACCAAGAUAUUGAAUCAAUCGAACCAUACAUCAAGAACCAACGCCUUGAUUCUAUUAAAAUCGAUAGUCCAAGUGAUUUCACCAGCUCGAUUAAUGGCGGUGCGAGAAGAUCUCUUCCUCGGAGUAGUGAAGAUGCUUCGAGACAAAAUCUCGAUCAAGGCGACAAAAUCGGCCCUCGAAACCCUAAUAGGUGUCUGCUCGUGGGGACGGAACCGGAUCAAAGCGUCUCGCUCAGGCGCAGUGCACGUGCUGAUCGAGAUCCUGAUCGAUUGCGAGAACGAGAGGAGAGUUAACGAGAUGGCUCUCGUUGUGUUGGACAAACUGAGCUCUUGCGCUGAAGGGAGAGCCGAGAUUGUGAAGCAUGCGGCGGGGAUUGCGGCGGUGUCGAGAUCGAUACUGAGGGUAUCGGCCACGGGGAAUGAGAGGGCAGUUAGGGUUCUGUGGUCGGUGGCUAGGUACUCAGCGACGGCAGCGGUGGUCCAGGAGAUGAUGCAGGUGGGAGCAGUGGCGAAGCUGUGCAUGAUGAUGGCGGUAGAU